UCUGCCUAGACGAAGGUGAGGGGGAAGGCCGAGCCCGCUGUUCCGACUGGCGGUGGUGAUGCUGCUAGUGGGUCUGCCAAGCCUCGCUCCGUUAGAUUGAAUAUCUCACACAGUUAUGACAUUUGCCGCGACGGCUUUGCAUCUCCCUCGCUCUCUCUCUCCCUGUCUAUCUCCCUGCCCCCCUCCCCCUCUUCUCGCUAUCCCUCGCCUCACUUGCUUUGCUCGGCGCUUGAUUCACGGUGGGUGGUUUCAGGCAGAACGGACGCCGCCGUCGUCGCGCAGUGAUCCAUCGGUUCGCUCUGUUCGCUUCAUCAGUCAGCAUCCGGCUCUCUCGCUAACAUAUCUGACUCAUUUUUCUUUCCCUUUUUUUCCCCUAUUUGUUUUUUGUUGUUGUUGUUUUGACGGGACAGUUUUCAAAUGGCCCGCGUCUUAAUUGACAUCGACCUGUGACGGUGAAGAACCGAGUGGCUUAGGUGAUUCGUUUUGUCGUGCGUCUAAGUGUCCGCUGCAACACAAGUGCCCAAGUUCAACCGCGAUUGGCUAUUCUUUUCAUCCGUAUCACGUUCCAUGCCCCAAUUAUCAGCCUGUCGUCCACUCACGAGCACGUCAUGGUCACCAGGAAUCUCCUAAGCGUUCCAUCCGUCCUUGUUCUGAUCGUCGUUUGUUUUUUCACUAACAGCCAUGCAGGUGCUGACACGAAUAGUUUCAAUCGACGAACGAGCAGUGGGAAAACAUCGUUGAUGCGGCGAUCGGAUCUGUUGCUGAGCAGCAAUUCCCUGAUGAAUAUUCGACGAAAACCGGACGAGAAGAGAAGACAAAAGGAGGACAAAUAUUUCUACAAUUCCGUGAUGGAAAGGCAGCGGCGUAAACCGCGUCCGACCAGCGCCAUUUGUAAAAACUUUCCCGGUCUAAGCAAAAAACAGCUGGAGCUCUGUUUCCGCUAUCCGGACGUCAUGUCGGCCGCAAUCCAGGGCCUUCAGCUGGCCGUCAACGAAUGCCAAUUCCAGUUCCAGAAGCACCGCUGGAACUGUUCGGCCCUGGAGAGGAAGAAUCGCAACCCCCACAGUAGCAACUUUCUACAGAAAGGUUAUAGGGAAACGGCGUUCGCGUACGCUGUUUCCUCCGCUGGAGUGGCUCACUCCGUAUCGAAGGCAUGCGGCCAGGGCAAGUUGGAAUCGUGCGGCUGCGACCCGAAGAGCCAGCGCGGUAGCGGCGGCGGAGUUGACUUUGGUCCAUCGGCGACUCUAUCCGAUUGGCGCUGGAGCGGUUGCUCGCACAAUAUGGAUUUCGGCGUGAAAUUCUCCCGCUUUUUACUUGAUUCACGCCAGCGCGGACAGGAUAUCCAUUCGCGGAUUCACUUGCACAACAGUCACGUCGGACGAACCGUGGUGGGAGCCAAUUCCGAGAUCCGAUGUAAAUGCCACGGCAUGUCCGGCUCUUGCGAGAUGAAGACGUGCUGGAAGGCGGUGCCCGAAUUCCGGCGUGUCGGUUCCGUCCUCAAGGAGCGGUUCAACCAGGCCGUCUUGGUGGAUCAGUCGCAGCUGGGCAACGAGGCCGGGAGCAGUAGCAAAGGACGACAGUUCGCCAGACGCAUCCGCGACACCGACCUCCUCUUCUACGAACGCUCGCCGAAUUUCUGCGAAGAAAAACCCGACGUCGACUACCCGGGAAUUACGGGACGCCGGUGCAACAAGACGGGCGACGACCUGGACAAUUGCCAAUCGCUUUGCUGCGGACGCGGCUACAACGUCAUCCGCCAGAAGCGCACCGAACGCUGUCACUGUCGGUUCCACUGGUGUUGCUCGGUCGUUUGCAACAAUUGCACCGUCGAGCAAUGGGUCACCGUCUGCAAAUAAAUUCGUUUUUCCCCCAACUCAUUUCGUUACCUGUCUGUUUGUCCAUGUCCGUUCUUGUGUCACUUCUCACCAAGUGGAAAAAAAAACAGGUCCGUCUUAUCUUUUGCCAUGUCAUUGCACUUGUUUUAUUAGGAUAAGAUCCGAUUUCGUGCUGUCGUUCUCAAUUUACGUUACAAUAAUUAUGUAUACAUACUGUAUGAAAUAUAUAGAAAAAAAAGUGUUUGGCCGAAUAUACCCCGGUGCUAUAUUUGCUUAUCUUUGUAAUGUGUAAACAUGUUCUAACCCAUCACCAGUAUCAACUGACUGUCGAUCUCUUUGUCGAGAAAACAAUAAUAAAUAAAUAUAU